CCGUCAUGGCCCAGCAUGCGGAGGGGUUCAUUAACCACGAAGAUCCGCGCAAACACCUUUUAGCGGGAGGUGUUCGUUGCGUUCUUUCAUCUCGAGCAAACUGAUUUGGCGUCGAUUUCUUCACUCAUAUAGCACGUGGAACCCCAGACAUACUGGUGCAGUAAUCAUGGCACCGUUACCGGAGGGCGAAGUGAGUGGCUGGGUGGACUCGCCCAACGAUCGGGGUACCAUCGAUAUUAUCUGGGGCUGUUGUUUGGUGCUCUCCACCGCUCUCUGGACAGUUCUGCAUCUGAACAUUCCGGCCCCUGACGAUGGCCUUUGGACGGUUCUGUGGCGCAAGCUUCGCUGGGGAACAUUUGCUAUCUUGGCCCCCGACAUGCUGGUAGGCUUCUCCGCCAUGCAGUACGAGUCAGCCCAGGAAUCGGUGCGCGACAUGCACCGCCUGGGCUACAAAGAAUGGACCCUCAAACACGCUUUCUACGCCAAUAGCGGAGGCUUCGUCCUUCAAUCGACAGACUACCCUCCCUUCCCCAUUACCGCCGCCUCAAUUCACUACCUCGUUGAGACACACCACAUCGACUGCCCUACAAUCACAGCGGAGGAGAUCUGGGAUAAAAGCAAAGCAGAUACGUUCGCUAAAUGCGUUGCAUUAGUGCAAGGGGUAUGGCUCGUGGUCCAAUCCAUCGCCCGGGCCGUACAAGGCCUCGCUGUCUCCCCGCUUGAGCUCUUCACCAUUGCAUUCGUGUUAUCCACGAUUACGACCUACUACUUCUGGAUGCAUAAGCCACAGAGUGUUGGGGUGCCGACUGUUAUCGAACUCAAGAGCGGAUCAGUCACCAGCUUGAUCAACAGUGCCGGGGAGAUCGGCGUUGAGCCGUUCCGCGAGACACCACUUGAUUUCCUGGAAAAGCCGCACCAGCGGUGGCAUCGCCGACCGACCCUCGAGAAUCUCCGCCCGCAGAAAAGCCCCCUACAGCGUAUGCCAGAUGACAAAAUCGUGUUCAAUGGCCUGAGUCAACGCACCUGGCUACUGGUAUCGAUCCAGGCCAUGGUACAUCCCGCUGUCCACUUGCUGGGCUGGAACCAUGUGUUUCCGACGAGCACUGAACAGCUGAUGUGGCGCAUCAUGAGCGUCUUCCUAGCUUCUGGCCUUCCGUUGUCGAGCAUGCUGCGCAUAAGUCUGACCGCGUUAGGUUUUGACGGUCACCAGUCGCUGACAUGGAUAUGGGUCCAGCCUACCGGCAAGGAAGAGAAAGGAUGGCGUGCUUGGGUGCUGGACGUUGUCAUGUCUUUUAUCAGUGCCUGCCUGGUUCCGGCCCGCUUGUUUAUUAUCAUUGAGGCUUUCAUCAGCCUGCGACAGCUCCCAUCGAGUUCUUAUGUGACCGUUGAGUGGACGAGUUUCAUCCCGCAUGUCUGAACUGCUCGAACGAAAAAAAAAACUCGUACUUCUUGUUCCUCCGGAACAGAACUCUUCCGCUAAACACCUGUGGAAGGUCACAGACCGGUGACUCUUCGUCGCUCCUUGCAGCUCUCCAACUGCGAUUGGUUGAGGCACUCAAUGGACACCAAGCGGCGGGAAAUGCACUAUCCAUUCACGUCGCCAUGCAUAGCCGCUCCCCAGGGUGCGAUAAGACUGCCUUGUCUCUUGUAAAAGCGCGACACGUCAUCGACCUAGUUUAGAAAUAAACUCCGCCUGGCAUACUGAGCAUCAGGCCACUCUGUCCAAGUGAG